AUCGCCCCCCUCCAAAGUCUUCCCAGGGAUUUGGGAAAAUCUCCAUGGAAUAAAUGGAAUCACCCACGGCUUCUUGUGCAGCAUCUACCUGAGUCAAACAGAUGCAUAUAGAAAGUUGUAGUUGCAAGUUGUAAUUGCAACUUGACAGCCCCAUUCAUGCUGUCCUUCCCUCUAGAAAGAAACUGACAAUGGAGAAAGUAUUGGAAUCUCAUUGGAGGCUGAUCCACAGCACAGAUCCAAGAUGGAAGAGCGAAAACUGCAGAGCCUGAAAACGGAAGAAGCAGGCCCAGAUGCCCCUGGGCUUGGGAAUGUAUUCUGGGAAGAACUGUAAAGAUGAACCUGGCUAAGUGUUUUGGCACCACAUCCGAAUCACAACAACAUUUCAGGGAGCUCUGUGCCCAGGGUGACAAAGGUCCCAGAGAGGUUUGCAGCCGACUUUAUUCUCUUUGUUGGCAAUGGCUGAAGCCAGAGCGACACUCCAAGGCAGAGAUGCUGGACCUGGUGGUGCUGGAGCAGUUCCUGGCCAUCCUUCCUGCGGAGAUGGAGCGCUGGGUGAGGGAGUGCGGGGCAGAGAGCAGCGCCCAAGCCGUGGCCCUGGCAGAAGGAUUCCUCCUCAGCCGCUCAGCAGAGAAAAGGAUGGAAGAAAGGCAGGAAGAGAAAGGCAAAGUCUUUGGCGGGUUUCCUGAAGGCAUGAAGGAUCUAAUCGACUUUGGCCAGGAGUUACCCAGCGAGUGGACGACACAAGUGGAUGACGGUGUACUCUUGCCAGGUGGUAAGAUAACUCUCCAACUGAGUCCUGGGUCUUCGUUUGGAGAAGAGGAGAUGGUUCCUCCAGUGCCGGAUCAGGGUUUCCUGAACUUCCAGGAUGUGGCUGUGUCUUUCACAGAGGAGGAGUGGGUGCUGCUGGAUCCCAGCCAAAGGGCUUUGCACAAGGACGUCAUGGAGGAAAUCCAUAGAAAUCUAGCUGCUCUGGGGGAGGAGAAGGAAGGAAAGGAAGAAGGCAGAUGUCAAAUGGAAGCAAAACCAAAACUGAGGAAUUAUGAUGCAGAUUUCCUUGAACCUUCGAUGCUAGGACAAAGUCACACAAGAAGGAACUCAAAGGCACCCUUUAGUACACCCAGCAAAGCCCAUUCAAAGCCGAAUGUAUUUAAAAACUCACAAUGUAGAAAGGUUUUUUGUAAGCCGAGUCCCCUUCGUGAUCAUUACUCUGGGGAGAAACCAUAUAAAUGCUCAGACUGUGGACGGAGCUUCAUUUGGAGCAACAGCUUGGCAUACGAAUGCUCUGAGAGUGGAAAUGGUUUUUGUCAGAGGUUCAGUCUCAGAGAUCACAAAAGAACCCACACGGGGGAGAAACCAUAUCAAUGCUCAGAGUGUGGGAAGAGUGUCACAAAUCGCGGUCUCUUGGCUUCUGAUCGGAAAACCCACAUGAAUCGGAAACCCUAUACUUGCGAGGAGUGCGGGAAGAGCUUCACGCAGAAGGGUAGCCUCACCGCACACCAGAGAAUCCACACUGGGGAGCGGCCUUUUGAGUGCCCCGAGUGCAGACAGAGCUUCAACGAAAGCAGUAGCCUUACUAGGCACCAAAGGACCCACACCGGGGAGAAGCCGUAUCAGUGCUCGAACUGCGGGAAGAGAUUCUCACACAGCAGCACCCUGAGUGACCACCAAAGGACCCACACGGGAGAGAAACCCUAUCAGUGCUCCGAAUGUGGGAAGAGCUUCACUCAGAACAGUAACCUCACUGCCCAUAAAAAGACUCAUGCGUUCAAUCCACUUCAGUGCUCGGUGUGUGGCAAGAUCUUCCGCUCCAGUGAAAACCUUGCCUUUCAUGUUGGAAUCCAUACAGUGAAAGCGUCACUGUAUGGUAGUCCUUAUUGUCUGAGGAUGAAAAUGGAGACUCGAGAAGACCUUACAAGUCAUAUACUAGGGCAGGUGUCACGGGAAGCAAGAGGGAGCUGCCAUGUUGGGAGGACGGAGGCAGCCCUGCAAAGGAGACCAAUGGAAGUGAAACAGGAGCCCGACAAAGACUCACUUCAGCAGUGGGAAACCCAAUGGCAGGAGUUCCUAAGGAGCAUGGAAGGUCCUGACCCAAACUGGGGUGCCUCUGAGUCGAGGGAGGAGCCGUGGGACGACGCCAAAGCCUUCCUGGCCUCCUUUGAGCAAGUGGCCCAAGCCUGCCGGUGGCCCAAGGAAGAGUGGGUGCCCCGGCUCCUGCCAGCAUUGAGCGGAGAGGCCAAGCGGGCCUUCACCAGCCUGGAGGCCGAAGGCAGGGAGGAUUAUGGGAAAGUGAAGGCUGCCAUCUUGCAUGGGGACACUAUGUGGCGGGAGGAGCAACGGCAAUGUUUCCGGCAUUUCCGCUACCGGGAGUCUGAGGGGCCGAGAGGGGCUUACGGCCAGCUUCAGGAACUGUGUUGCCGGUGGCUGAAAGCUGAAAGGCAUUCGAAGGAGCAGAUCCUGGAGCUGUUGAUCUUGGAGCAGUUCUUGGCCAUCCUGCCUCCAGAAAUAGAGAACUGGGUCAAGGAAUGUGGUCCAGAGACUUGCUCCCAGGCGGUGGCCUUGGCGGAGGACUUCCUCCAGAAGCAGAGAGAGGCCAAGAGGCAGGCAAACCAGGUGCCAUUAGAAGGAGAGGAAAUGGUGGGUUCCCCUGAAGCUGACCAAGCCCUGCCUGGGAUUGAGCAGAAGAUGUUUCGUGUGAAGACCAAACAGGAAGACGACAAUGGGGAUGCUGGACCCUUGGGCAAUGAAAGGAAAAGUGAGAAUGAGGGGCAAUUGGGUGAGGAUUCCUCAGAAAGGACACAUUUUGAAGCAUUGAAGAAGAAUGUUUGGAGCCAAGUUGGGAUAGCAAGCCAAGUCGGAAGCCACAUAGAAUCCAAAUCCUUCCCAUUUCAGGUGGCAGACUUUCACAAAAUCUCAAUCCAACAGGAAAGCGAGAAAGAAAAAAAGGGGAUUGCUUUUCCCAGUGAAGCUGAAUCAGAUUUAAUGUUUGCAAACACUUUAAAUCAGAGUGGAAACCUCACUGAAACGCUUUAUGAAGGGACGAGUUCCAACAUAUACCUGAAUCAAAGUAUUCCUGCAGAUGAGAGACAGAAUAUGAAUUCGGAAAUUAGUAAGAUGAAGCAUCCAAGGAUCCAAAAAGGGGAGAAGCUGUAUAAAUGUUUGGAAUGUGGGAAAUGCUUUGGCUGUAAGACCCACCUCUCACGACACCAGAUAAUCCAUACUGGGGAGAAGCCGUAUCAGUGCUUGAAGUGUGGGAAGUGCUUUGGUCAGAGGGCCCAUCUCAAAAAACACCAGAGAAUCCACACUGGGGAGAAACCGUAUCAGUGCUUGGAGUGUGGGAAAAGCUUUGUCCAGAGUGCCUAUUUGGUCAAGCAUCAGAAGAUCCACAAGGGGGAGAAACCACACCACUGCCUGGAUUGCAGCAAAAGCUUCACCGAGAAGUCCAAGCUCAUUCAGCACCAAAGAGUGCACACGGGGGAGAAGCCCUAUCAAUGUACAGAGUGCGGAAAGAGUUUCAGCCGCCGAAUAAACCUUAGCCUCCACCAACAGAUACACACAGGGGAGAAGCCGUAUCCCUGCUCCGAAUGUGGCAAGAGCUUUCGUGACCAGUCUAGCCUUAUCAGACAUAAGAGAAUCCACACCGGAGAGAAACCGUACACCUGUUCAGAGUGUGGGAAGAGAUUCAGUCAAAGUCACAGCUUGACUUUCCAUCAGAGAAUCCAUGCCAAGAGACGCUGUCACACAAAAAUCAGUAUUUGUUGAGUGCUGGCGUGGCUGUGUUUGUCUUAUCACUGAAUCCAACGAAAAGUCUAGUGCAGCAUUUCUCAACCUGGGGGUCGGGACUCCUGGGGGGGGGGGGUCACGAAAGACCAUCAGGAAACAUAUAUUUCUGAUGUUCUUAGGAACCCCUUUGGCAGAGAAGGCUGAAGAUCUCUCCACCUGUCCUUCUCUUACUUUUUGGAUACUGACAGCAAAUCCUCCCACCAAAAGCCCUCCUCUGCUGUGAUUGGUCGGCCUCUCAGCCAAGGGAAGGGCUGUUUCUGAGACUCCAAGUGGGGAGGGGAGAGCAGGUGUGCUCGGAAGUGCAGACCUGCUUUGGGUUGAUGAGAUAAUCAAGUUAAUUAGGAUUAUUGUUGUGUACCUUCAAGUCCUUUCAUAUUUAGGGCUGCCCUGAGACUAAAGUUUAGGGCAGAGGCUGGGUAACCGACCUUGGAAAGCUGCAUGUACCCUCCAGGCCUUCAUUUGGGGACCCCUGCACUACUCACAUUACUUACUUAGGAAAUCCCUCGUAGCUUGAGGAUGAUGGUCUUUCAGAUUAAGUGUCUUGGCGGUGGGUCCAUAGGUGGCUGUGGAGCCCUAUUCUUGAUCCACAUAUUCUCCUGCAGUGAGGACAUCAGUUUCCAGACAGUAGGCCGUCACAGUCAGGAUUGGCUUGACACACCUUCCUCUUGGCACAUUUCUCUCUUUUGCCCUCUGUUCGUGCCUCUUCGAAUACUGCAACACUGCUGGUCACAGCUGUCCUCCAGUUAGAUUGCUCAAGAGCCAGGGCUUCCCAGUUCUCGGUGUCUAUGCAAACGUUUUUAAGGUUAGCUUUAAGCUCAUCUUUACAUCUCUUCCUGUCCACCAACAUGUUUGGUGGACAUAUUCAUGUAUACUGGGUUUAAAAAGCAAUUCCUUUUCCUGGCAGCUAAACUAAGAAAUCCCACGAGAGAGGCUCGUCCUCUAGGGGCAAGCCAAGAAUGGGCAACUUGGAAGUCCCUGAACAGACUCAGAAGUGGAGUGGGCAGAUCAAAAGACAACCUGGCAAAAUGGCACUACCUAAAAGAAUCCCCCACCUUGUGCAACCAUGGAGCAGAACAAACAACUCCGUAUUUGUAUGCUUUUCCACAAUGUCCUGCCUCAUGCAUAGAAGAAGAACUGUUUAAAGCUAUGGACAGUGCAGUCACUGUUGCUAAUUUUUGGUUAAAAAAAUUUAUCGUCUGUGCUUCUUCUAUUUUUAUCAGUUUUAUACUUAUUUAUGCAAUGCUUUUGAUAUGAAAUAAAUAAAUCCUGGAUUGACAUGUCCAUAGGUCAGUGUA